UGUCGUAUAAGCUGUGUCGUAACGUUUCGAUUUGUUUGUUUGUUUGAGUUGAAAAAUAGUUUCGUACUACGAAAAUGGAUGCACGCAAAGGCAAACAGCUGCCACGCAACUGGGCUGACAAGGGCUUGUUGCAACAGCAGCAUAAACCAUUCGAAGCUGCCGCCAUUGAGCUCGUGCAUCAUGCCUAUGAAAAUGAUCCCACUGGCUUGUUUGAGGAGGCACUUUUUUGCUCGCAGCUCGGCCGUCAUGAGAACAUCCAACCAAAAGAUAUCAAGCUGGCCUGGCGCAUACGUGGCGGACGCCUAAACCACUAAGGCACACGCAGCUUGGGCUAUUUUUUUUUUUUUUUU